AUGGCGGUAGCGCGGAGCGGCGCCCGGCGCGGUAAUGGCGGCCGUGCGGGGGGGGGCGGGACGGAGCGGCACGGAGGAAGCUGCUCAGGGUGGGGGUCCGCGGCACAGCCCCGUGAGCGCGCCGCCUGGGAAGGCUUCCGGAGGCCGAUCCUCCCGGUAAAGCUUCCGGCUGCCGCGGGGUCGCGUUUCCCCGGCCUGAGCUCCCGUCCCGGCCGAGCCACGGCUGCGGGGACUCUGCUCCCGCUGUGCCGGGGAGCCGCCCGUCCUCGCUACGGGAGGAAACGCCGCUCACCUGCGAGAAGCCGGGAUGCAGGCUGGGGGUUCUCUGCCUCGCCUCUGGUCCGGGACCGGCGGGACUGGGGCGCUGGGGAGGAUCUGCCCGCUCCCGAUUGCCGAACUGCUAAGCGAGAUAAUGACAAGAGGAAAAGGAUUGCCGAAUGGUUUGGGUGGGGACAGGUGAUUUCAGGGCCCUGUGACUUAAGAACCGAGCCUUUGCCCUCUGGAGGAGCAGGGGAGCCAGGCAGCACGCUCGGCACUGGCCGGGUAGCUGCCAUCGCACGGACAGCAGUGCUGUUGAUGCCUUCUCCAGACAAAACGCCCAAACAAGGCAGCUACCACCGGAACAGAGUAAGACAACUUGUUUAUCAGACAGAGGAAUGCUCCUCAGCAGCACGGGGCAGGAGGAAGAGGGAGCUGCCGUCUGCAGGCCCAGCGUGGGCAGUUCAGAGAUGGUCUGCAUUGUUCUCCAUCAGGAUAACAAGGCACUUCCGCAGCCCCUUUCCUGUGGGAAUCCCAACAGGUUGUUGUCCUCCCCCUGCAGGAAGGGAAGCGUGGCACCAGGGGGCUGAAACAUCCCAUCUGUCAGAUGUCUGCACUAAGCAGAAAUGUGAUUUCCACUCUUUCCCAGAGCUGCUGCUGAGCUCCCUGUCUCAGCCGCUGUCACAAGACACACAGCAGUUUGUAAGAUCGCUGUGGUCUGAACGGGGCUGCCUGUUCAAAACAUUGGCUUCCCAUCUCCCACAGCGGGCCCAAGAGGCAGAGGGCUGUUUGUGCCACGCUCUGCAUGAAAAGCACUUUCUGUGGGCUGGAACAGAUCACACGCCUGAUCCUUGUCAGCUCAUGAGCUCCCGCAGAGCCUUCAAAGCUGUCUGCCAGCCAGCAGAAUGCCAGGAUGCAUUCUUACUUUUCACUUUGAGCGUGUCCAAGGACUGGGACAGAUCCAGAUCACUUGCCCUUUUACCACUCCUGCUCCUGGGAUGGCCUCAGGAGAGGGAAGAGUGCUCCGCACUGAGUGACAGAGAGGGAAGAGCCCAGCUUUGCCUUGGCCACCGCCCUGAUGAGCAAGCACCGCAGCACCACCAGCUUGUUCCUCCAGCAAAGGAGACAGGUGAUAUCAAGUCCUGCCUCUGAGUCAGCAAGAAGCAUGCAGUGAAGAUACAGCCUUCUCCUGUAACUGGGAUUUUGCCUCACCUGCUGAUCAGCUGCCUGGUCACAAGAGGAAGUCCUCUGAUAUCAGCGUCUUGGAAUUUUUUAAUUUAGCUUUGUCCUGGCUCCGUGGCUUUCCUUUGACUUCUGUGCCCCGGUCGGCUCAGCCAGCUGAAAAGCACUUUCCACAGCUGAUGUCCUCCCACUUGCAGGCUCUCUCUGCUUACACCUUAGGCUUGCCUGCUGAGGAGUCUCUUUCUCACUGCCACAGCUCUAGCAUGGUCCAGGCACAGUACAAAGCAUCGCAGAGCAGCAGGGAAGGCUAAGAGCAUAUUCUAAAAUUCAUAUAGGCCCCUAAAUCAAUAACCGUAUCCAUCUGUCCCCAGUGAAUUCAAGCUUUUCAAGUUACAGCUUCAAUUACUAUAAUUUCAAAAGAUUGCAGUGGGCAGAGGAGUACAGUUCUCUUUUUUCUAUUUUUAUGAGCAUAUGAUAGCACUGAUAUGAAAUUACGUGUUUUACUGUUUCCCUUGGUAUGUACAGCUGGACACAAAGCCACCCGAGGUCAGUGGAAAGACUGCCACCAACCUCAGAGCCUCUGGCUUAGACCCAUAAUUACUUUCUUUUAUGGUUUGUUCCAGUUCUGCACCCUUACAUGUCGAAACACAGGAAAACCCAUCUGUAAAGCCACAGGGGAUGAUACCACGUUUAACUAGUUGCAGAAAGCUUUGUAGGUUUAAAAUCUACAGCAUCAUUUUGAUUCUUGUUCUUCUGCAGCCCUUGAAACUUCCACCCACUUUGGUUGUUUGUGAGGACAGGCAGUAUCUCCAGGCUAUGGGCUAGGAUCAUUACAGCUCUUGGUAGCGUGUGUGUGUGGAGUGAUUGACGCAGAUGUUUUUACAAUGGAUGCUUUAUAAAACAGCAAAAAGCAUUUCCAAUUCUCUAAGCAGACAGCAUCGUUUGCACGAAGGCCACUUUCCAAAACACCCAUCCUCAAUCCUCCCCUUUCAGCCCAGUGUUUAUCUGUACGCCUGUCUCCCCCGGAGGCAUCAGCAGGCCGUGCCAGUGCUGUUUCUCACACACACACCCAAAACAAGGCCAUGAGCUGAUGGACUCAAGUGUCACCACGAUAGUGGCAGCUUCUUUGCAGCCAGCACACAUCCUGCUCGCUGACCUGUUGCUUGUGUACCCAAACCCCACUCUUCCUGGGGAGGCAGGACGGGAUAACUCAGGUAACCAACACCAGUGUGGUAGUGGUACAAGGUGCCACAUCGCAGUGGUAGCUUUAAGAUGGCGCAGUCUGGGACGGGCACUUUCCCGGUGUCCAGUCUUCACACCCCGGAAUCUCCGCAACCCGUCCCUUCAGCCCCAGCUCGCUCGGAACACAGCCCACCACAGCCCGGCCCCCGCCACUUUCCCCACUCACCCUCACCGGCCACCAGCACCUCCUGCGCGACCUUCCCGCCUAAUUUCCCGCCGCGCUGCGAUUGGUCAGGAUUGGCCAAUAGCGGAGAUGUUGCUGGGCAGAACACGGAGGAGCGAAGCGUCAAG